AUGAGCACAAGCACAGAUCAUGCUCCGAGUAAUAUAUAUUCUGUUGAAUCACUGCUAGCAAAUGUGGAAAAGGCAAGCAUAUCUCCAACUGGUAAGUGACACGGGAUUUUCUUGAAGUUUUUUUUGGAAUCUAAGUUGAUCGGGUUUCUAGAAUUACUGUGAUUUUUUGUCCACAGAACUUUAAUUGUGAAAUUGGAAUAAAACAGUUAUUGCAAUCAGAUUUUCAAUUAGUAUUUUCAGAAGUUUUGAGAUUUUUGAAUUCACAUUAUCAGAAAAAUUUAAAAAGAAGAUACAGUAACCUUUUCAAUCUCAAUAUGUAAAUGAUUUAUUUUUCAGUGUCCGAAGAAGAUAACAAAAACGAGAACAAAGUGACAGAUGAAGCAAUGUUAUGUUGGCAAAGAAUGACUGCAACAAUCGCAUUUCAACAAAAAUUAAUGAUGAUGCAACAAGCGAUGCGUCCACCUCCACCCCCACCAGUUCCAAUGCUUCCCAAUUUCCCUAUGAAUUUUGCACCAAUUUUCUGGCAAAAUCAACUUCGUAAUAUGGCUAUGAAUCUUAUAACCAUGAACCCUGCUGAUUCUCCACCAGCCAAUACUUCGAACAAUUCACCAUCUCCACUUGGCGAAAUCAAACCCUAUAAUUGUCAAAAAUGUUCGAAAGUAUUCUCAACAAUAUCUGCACUUGAACAACAUCAACAAGUUCAUAAUUGUGAUAAACAUUUUGAAUGCAAGCAAUGCGGAAAAACUUUUAAACGGUAUGAAUUUUUGAUUGAAAAAAAAUCGCGUGUCAAUUAAUCUUGAGUCUUGUCAGCGAAAAAAAAAGAUAACAUGAUUUAUUUGCAGAUCUUCAACACUCUCGACACAUCUACUUAUACAUUCUGAUACACGACCAUAUCCAUGUGAAUAUUGCGGCAAAAGAUUCCAUCAAAAAUCGGAUAUGAAAAAACACACGUAUAUUCACACAGGUAAAUAUUUUGAAGUUUUUUGUUGAACAUCAUCAUAGUCCAGUUUUAUUCUUGAAAAAAAGCAGAUGGGAUUUGAACAGCUGUGAAAAUGCAUGUUGUUUUACCGCACAAUUAAAUAUGGGCGGUUAAUUGGGUCAAAGGAAUUUUUUAGUUAGUUAAACUAUUUAUAAAACCAGAAGCAGGAAAUUAAUUUUUUGUUUGAAUCUAUGAUGAUUAGUAUUCAAAUUUGAAAUUCAUUUCCAAAAAUAUGUAUAUACAUAUAUCAAUCAAAUAAAAUUGUUAUUUAUUCACUCACUAUUCACCUCUUCUUCCUCCUUUUUCGAUAAAAAUCCUAUCCUCACUCAUUUGAGCCAACGGUUUUUAUUAUGAAUGAAUGAGUAGAUGAGGAGAAGUGAAUUGAAAACGGGUAGAAGAAGAAGAAGAAGCAACAAAAAAAGAAAGAAACGAAAAGCAUGUCGUAUGAUUGAUGAAUCAGAAACGAUGAUGAUGAAAAGACUUCUCAUGUCAUCAAAACAUUCAAGUGAAAAAUCCGAAUGAAUAUCGAAUGGAUUGUGCACUCAUCCUGGAUUCCCUUUUCAUCCAUUCAUUUUCCUUAUUUUCCUUCAUCAGUUGAAAGAUUUUAUUACUUUCAUGGGGCAUCAAAAGUUGUUAUACAUGUUCUGGAAAACAAAUUAAAUCCGCGUUACAUUUCAUUAAUGUGAGAUGUGUCGUGUCGCAUGAUUUGUUCGAUGGCUCUGCUUGAUGUGACGUUUUAUUUUUUAUUCCUUCAAGCAGUGAAAAAAGGAAAUGAAAUGAAAAUUAGAGAAAACCUAAAACAAAACUUGGAAAUGAGAAAUUACAACAAUAUGUAAAAUACCUUGAUUUUUCCAGGAGAAAAACCGCAUAAAUGCACAGUCUGUGGAAAAGCUUUCAGUCAAUCUUCAAAUCUUAUUACUCAUACUAGAAAACAUACUGGAUUCAAGGUAAUCAAAAUUGAUUUCAAGAGACCACCCAGAUUAUUUUAUUUUUAUAGCCAUUUGCUUGCGACGUGUGUGGUCGAACAUUUCAACGUAAAGUGGAUCGUCGUCGGCAUCGUGAAACACAUCAUCCAGGUCAUCCGGAAGAAUGUAGUGGUCAGUUUUUAGAAGAAAAUUAGAUGAAAUUAUUGGAAAAAUACAGUAUCGAAUUUACAAACAUCAGACAAUAUGUUUACAGUAUCCACGACAUCUCAAAUUUCAUCAGAUCUCUCACCAAAAGGAUACAUGACACCUCCGACAAUGGAUUCACCCGAAGAUAUUCUCAAUGCUUUCAGGUUUGUUUUUUGAAUUUCAGAUGUGAUUUUUUUGAAACAAAUAAUUUUCAGGUUACCUGCUCAACUUUUUGGUAUCAAAGCUGAAAUUCGAGAUUUUGAUCAACUCGAAGAAGAGGUUUUGAACUUGAGCACUUCUUGA